AUGAAUAUCUUCACAGUACAUACACAAGAUGUUGCUAUCCUCCAGUGCAUGGGAACACCCAGAUGCAUGCAGUAUAACACUGUACAAAGGGGAGCACAUGUAACACUAUGUAAACACAGUUACAUCCUGGAACCUUCAUUUAUAAGUGAGAGUAUGUAUUUCUUUUCCUAUGAAAAGAGUUACUCUCACUCGUAUUUAUGUGAUAAAACGAGCAAUGGCUUCAGGCCUUGCAUUUCAGGGAAUAUGCAGAAGUGGAACAACGCCUUGCAGAAAGCCAAGCAGGAAUCCUCAUCCACUUUUUUCAGCCGUGAUUUAAAGUUCUUUAAGUGCAUCCAGGCGUUACAAGGAGUUCCAGGUCAUGGCGGCGGCGGCCUCCUCCUCGUCGGACGUCAUGGCGGCGGCGGCGUCCUCGCCGGAGGUAAUUUCGGCGGCCUCCUCGUCGCGGAGGUCAAGGCGGCGGCGGCCUCCUCGUCGGAGGUCAAGGCGGCGGCCUCCUCGUCGGAGGUCAAGGCGGCGGCCUCCUCCUCUUCGGAGGUCCUCCUCGGAGGUCAAGGCGGCGGCCUCCUCCUCGGAGGUCAAGGAGGUCAAGGCGGCGGCCUCCUCCUCGGAGGUCAAGGCGGCGGCGGCCUCCUCGUCGGAGGUCAAGGCUCCUCCUCGUCGGAGGUCAAGGCGGCGGCCUCCUCGUCGCAUGGCGGCGGCCUCUCGUCGGAGUCAAGGCGGCGGCCCUCCUCGUCGGAGGUCAAGGCGGCCUCCUCCUCGUCGGAGGUCAUGGCGGCGGCUCCUCCUCGUCGGAGGUCAAGGCGGGAGGUCAAGGCGGCUCCUCGUCGCGUCCUCGUCGGAGGUCAAGGCGGCGAGGUCAAGGCGGCGGCCUCCUCGUCGGAGGUCAAGGCGGCGUCGGAGGUCAAGGCGGCGGCCUCCUCAUCGGAGGUCAAGGCGGCGGCGGCCUCCUCCUCUCGGAGGUCAAGGCGGCGGCCUCCUCCUCGUCGGAGGUCAACGGCGGCCUUCCUCCUCGUCGGAGGUCAAGGCGGCUCCUCCUCGUCGGAGGUCAAGGCAGCCGGCCUCCUCGUCGGAGGUCAAGGCGGCGCCUCCUCGUCGGAGGUCAAGGCGGCGGCCUCCUCAUCGGAGGUCAAGGCGGCGGCCUCCUUCAUCGGAGGUCAAGGCGGCGGCCUCCUCAUCGGCGGCGGCCUCCUCCUCGUCGGAGAUCAAGGCGGCGGCCUCCUCCUCGUCGGAGGUCAAGGCGGCGGCCUCCUCAUCGGAGGUCAAGGCGGCGGCCUCCUCAUCAGAGGUCAAGGCGGCGGCCUCCUCAUCGGAGGUCAAGGCGGCCUUCUCCUUGUCGGAGGUCCGGCGGCCUCCUCGUCGGAGGUCAAGACGGCGGCCUCCUCCUCGUCGGAGGUCAUGGCGGCGGCGGCCUCCUCCUCGUCGGAGGUCAUGGCGGCGGCGGCCUCCUCCUCGUCGGAGGUCAUGGCGGCUGUCGGAGGUCAUGGCGCGGCGGCCUCCUCGUCGGAGGUCAUGGCGGGCGGCCUCCUCCUCGUCGGAGGGCCGGCCUCCUCCUCGUCGGAGGAUAGUUCUUCACUUUAUCCUAAAAUCCCUGAACCUCCACAAACCUCACCGAGAUCAUUUGCCAGAAUGAAGACGAUGCUGGGAGCAGAAUCAGCGGCGGCAGAAGCAGAAGCAGGCACCGCCAACAGCCACAGCAGCGCCAGCAGAGCGGGAGCCACGGCCGGGCAGGGGCCCUUGAAGCUCAUGGUCGUUGUUUCGUCUGCAACCUCCAGCACUUUGUAG